CACAUUUAUUCUGUCCACUGCUUGCAUCAAGCCAGCUCUUGCUUUCCUCUCCUCUCCUUCACUCCACCAGGAUAUUUCCUUCUCCUCUUUCCAUAUCCGAACAUAUUCCUGUUUUCUGCCCUGCUUUUCCUUCACAUCUCCUGGAAUGUGGCACUCUUUGGCUUUCACUCUGUGUGGGAUCUCCGCUUUGAUCCAGGUGUCGGUGCAAGGUCCAUACCAGCGGACCCUGCUGAAGAACCUCCUGAAGGACUAUAACCGCAUGGAAAGGCCUGUUGCUAAUGACUCUCAACCACUCACUGUCUUUCUGUCUAUGAGCUUGAUACAGAUCAUGGAUGUGGAUGAGAAAAAUCAAGUACUGACCACCAAUAUCUGGCUUAACAUGCACUGGUAUGAUCAUUAUCUGCAGUGGAACCAGUCUGAGUACCCAGGUGUCAAAAACCUUCGCUUCACCACAGACCAAGUGUGGACACCAGACCUCCUGCUCUACAAUAGUGCAGAUGACAAGUUUGACUCCACUUUCAAAUCGAAUAUUGUAGUGAACUCCAGUGGCUACUGCAACUACUUGCCUCCAGGUAUCUUCAUGAGCACCUGUAACGUGGAUGUACGCUGGUUUCCGUUUGACAUCCAGAAGUGCGAGCUCAAAUUCGGCUCGUGGACAUUUGACGGAUGGCUGCUGGAUCUCCAGAUGAAUGAGGCUGAUAUCUCUGGCUUCAUGCCCAACGGAGAGUGGGAUCUUGUGGGUGUGCCGGGCACAAGAAACGAGCUGUACUAUGACUGCUGUAAGGAACCCUACCCAGAUGUGACGUUUGUGGUGACCAUCCGCAGACGGACGCUCUACUACGCCUUAAACCUCCUCGUUCCCUGCGUCCUCCUUUCAUCAAUGACCUUGCUUAUCUUUCUACUGCCUGCCGACUCCGGAGAGAAGAUUUCACUAGGUAUUACUGUGCUACUCUCAUUAACAGUCUUCAUGUUAUUGGUGGCAGAAAUCAUGCCAGCAACCUCAGACUCCAUCCCGCUAAUAGGACAGUAUUUUGCCAGUAUAAUGAUCAUUGUUGGAAUGUCAGUUAUUGCGACAGUGGUUGUGCUCCAAUAUCACCAUCAUGACCCCAACGGAGGGAACAUGCCAAAAUGGGUUCAGAUAGUCCUGCUCCAGUGGGUGGCCUGGUUUUUGCGUAUGAAGCGUCCUGGUGAGGGUGAAGACCCUGAGCGCCCUCCUUGUGCCCCUCACUUAAGACGUUGCUCUUCGGGAUCCCAGAGCGGUAGCCUUCCAAACGCACCCGGAUCUGCCUCUGCAGACCUGCACCACCACCACCACCACACGUCCUCUAUGCUACACCCGCUUCACCCCCAAAGCCUCCUUCAAGCCGCGGCGGCCGCCGGCCACACCCAGCAUCUUCACAAUCAGACCAACAGUGCCAACAACAAUGGCAACAUGCUCUACAUCGGGUUCUCCAGUCUCGAUGAAGCUUCGCCACCAUCCUUGCUCGCUGACUCUUUGCAAAGAAACAGCAUGUCAGGCGGCCCACGUCCUGCAGUGAUUUCACCUCCAGCGGUAGGAUCCAGCCCACCACCUCACCUGCCCUCACAGUUCUGCAGCCCUCCACCGCCUCCCACUCCCAAUCUGGAGGCCACAGGUUGUCCGAGCACAGUGUCCGGCGGCGGCGGAGGCUGUUCUUGCUCAGGGACCAGCGGUGGAGGAGACCCACAGCUUCAGGCUAUAUUAGAAGAGGUGCGAUACGUUGCUGAUAGGUUCCGCGGACAGGAUGAGAACGACAGCAUGGCUGAACAGUGGAAGUUUGCUGCAGCUGUAAUCGACCGACUUUGUCUGGUGGCAUUCAGUGUUUUCAACAUCAUCUGCACCAUCUCCAUUCUCAUGUCAGCACCUAACUUUGUGGAGGCAGUUUCCAAGGACUUCAUCUGAUUGCUUUGUUGGAAAAGAACGUGCAUUCGGGAAACUUGGGUUUGACCGUGAAUGGGGAAUAUUCAUUUCCCUAAAACAGUGACUUUCCUUAAGCUUUUAUUUUCAAGACUGUGUUUGGAAUAAUGCAGGAUCUUGAGGUUUGGAACGAGAAUGUUUCUGAUUGGACGUUUAAGGCUCGCUCAGACAUCUCAAACUGAACUAUAAUGUUGGUGGAACGCUAAAGACCUUCACCGCAAGGUGUCUGUAAAUGACAAUCGGGUUGGUUCACUAUAUGGGAAAUGUUCAGAAAUGGAAUGAAUGAAAACCUAAACAUAAAAAGUGAAACACUGAUUAUUGAUCUUCUAACUGUGUCGAACGCCUCAUAACCCGACAUGAACCUCUGAGGAACGGCCAGUAAAGUGUUACUCAAACUUGUGUGACAUUGUACAUCUUACAUCUAGCACAGUGCAAAAGUUCUCUAAGAUGUCAAAAUCUAUUUUGGUAACGUUCAUCUAAGGGAAGACGAGGAGAGAGGGAGGGAAGAGCAGAAGAGACAGAGAGAAAUAUUGAUAAUAGUGGCAGAUGUGAGGUGAAAGGCUCAUAUGAACCUCAUCUUAAAAAAAUGAAAAAGGCACUUGAUUCAAGGACAGAUAGGAGAGUUGGAGAACUGCUAGAGGGUUUGAGUGGUUAAGAUAAUGGAGUGAUACAGAAAAAGUGAAAGAUGGAAUACCCCUUUGACGUGGACAGAGAUGUAGACCGAUGGAGAGAUUAGGGGCCUCACAAGACGACAAGCCAAGAGCAGAACAAUGGUAAUGAAAGACAAAAUGAGACGGCGUGUAUUAAAGAAAGAGACACAGUCAGUGCAAAACGAGAGAAGGAUGGGCUGAAGAAGUGGUUUAGACAAGUGGAUAAGAAAAUGAAAGAGUGAUAGGGGAAUAAGAGAGGGAUGGACAGAAAUAGACGGAGAAGGUGGUCGGGGGGUAAGUGAGACUCAGCAACAUUUACUGGCAAGAGGAACAAGGGCUUCGCAGCUUGAGAGAAAUAGCGCUCAUCAUGCCCGAAAAAAGCCAAACAGUGAGUGCAUCCAUCACAAAACAGAUGAGGAGAGAAAAACAUACUGCAGAAGGGAAGUGGGAAAAAGUGUGGGAAGAAAGACUAAUAAUCCCCUGAGACAUACUGGAGAAAUGGCAGGCACAAAGACAGUGGAGACAAGGGCAGAAUCUCCUUUCCUCUCUCUCAUCAUCUCUGUGAAAUGACAGACAGUGUGAAGUGUUCAGAGAUGAUCCUAUGAAUAUCUAAGUAGGAGCAGAGCCACAACCACUGACUGUGCCCUGAUUCUCUACUGUCACCUAGAAAAAAAAACAGGUAUUUGAGGUAAAUCUCUUUCUUGCUCUGUUUUUCCCACUUAAACAUACAGUGUCCUACAAAUGUUUGGAAACGCCUUGGGUAAAGUGGGGUUUUGCACAAUAUCAGCAUAAAUCCUUGCCAUUUUGUGAUGAUUUUGCAUUGAUAAGAGACUAUACAAUCCUUUUAGUAAAUAAAAUAGUAGCGUAUCACGAACAUAUGUGAGCUGUUGUAAACUGUUUUGUGAUUGGUCUGUUAAUCAAUCCUUAAAGCUUUAAAUGUGUGCUGACCAAGUAAUCUUCAAAAAAGAAAGCUAGGCCAAUUAAACCCAGUAAAAAAGUAUCACAAUCUAACUCUGAUGAGUAUUUAUUUACAUUAUGUAAUCCAAAUGAAAAUCACUUUUAUUGAUCUUCAUUAAUAAUUGCAAGUUACUUUACUGCUUCCAUUCUAAGAAAUGAUUUGUGCUGACAUUGUUCAAAGCUGAUUGGAGGCUGUUUUCACAUCCAUUAUUCUGCUUGUCCAUAGUUUUCUAUGCAAACAUGCAGUAGAAGGAUGUUUCACUGCUGCGUUUGCGUCUCGCAUCUUUUGCGCCGUCUUACGCAUGAACGGUUCUAGGUCUUGUGUUUUUUUUCCCUACUACCCUACAUCUCAUGAACGUGUGUUCCUGUGGCUCAGUGGAAGAGCAUUGUGUGUGUUAGCAGCACAAAAGGUUGUGGGUUCGAUUCCCAGGGAACACGCAUACUGGUAAAAAAAAAUGUAUAGCCUGGAUGCACUGUAAGUUGCUUUGGAUAAAAGUGUCUGUUACAUGCAUAAAUAUAAAUGAACGCGUUAAUGGCCUCUCAGCAUGUUUUCAAACUUUUGUAGGGCACUGUACAACCAAUGAACAUUAAGCAGAAUAUUACCAUUUAAGUUGGCUUGUCAGUAAAUAUUGGCAUUUAAAGCUACUGAGUGUAAUUUGUGAAGAAAAUUUUUAUAUAUAUAUAUAUAUAAAUAUAGUUUCCAAACAGGUUGCCUUUCCAUUACCCCAAUCUGCCAUUGUUUGGGCAAACAGGUAACCCUAAAUCCAUAUCAUUAAGCCAGGAAAUUAUUUAAAAUCAGUGCAUUUUGUGGUCAUGUUGGUAUCAGCUAUGUCCAGCCAUGCAAGUACAAUUCUAUACUAAAUGGGGAACAACCCAAAUCUCUUAAACUGUUGGUCAGUGUUAUGAUGUUUGAUAUCAUAAAUUCUUCUGCUAAAAUCGUGCAAAAUAUGUAUUGUUCAGAUUCACAGGUCCAUAUUCAUGAGUAAUCAAACAAGAGAUGGUUCUAAAAACUUGACUGGCUGUUUUAACCGUGAGACAGGAGUCUAUCCACCACAUUGAUCAUUACGAUCACUCCUGAUCAUUGGAAAGCAGUAGAAGCUGAGGCACGUGUUCAGGGAAACCAGUUUUUGCUGUUGGGUUUGUUGAUGCUAGUGGUGUAGAAAUGACUCUGCUGAAGAAGUUGUAAAUAACCUGGGCUGUUUCUUUGAAGGUUGAACGGCUAUAGUUGAGUUUGAUAGAAAACAAGGCUAUAGUAUUGUUGAAUUUAAUUGUGUUAUGUGUCUUACUGGGCCUGGCAAUUCACAGAAAAACAGAAAAAGAGUUGCAGAUGAACAAUUCACAGUGAAGGUCUUCAGAGGAAUGACUAUAUGGUGUGGGUUCACACUAAAUAGACUGUAUACUGAGUCAAAUCUGCCUUUAGGCCGGAACAUCUUUUAGGUGAUUUUUUAUGAUAAACCAGAUGGAAAACUUUUUUUUUUGCGAAACAUUUCUGGUGACAGCACAUAUUGCAAGUACUACUUUAUUGCUACUGUCAUUAUAGCAAUUAGUGGUUGUUACGGUAUUAAUUAAAGUUCAUCCAAAAAGGUACACGCUGCCAAAAGAUUGCUGCUGCUCGCUGUGCUCUUAUGAAAUGCCAGCCAUCUCGUCUUAAUGGGGGACCAAGCAAAUUACUUUCAAAUUUCUCUUUCUUUCUCUCUUUCUCUCUCUCUCUCUCAGAUAUAGACACAAAGCAUUUCCCAUCUUUGA